UCUUUCUUGCGUCUGCUAUGCAUAGCUUCAUCGAACGCUUUCGUAACCUUUUGCUUAGCAAGCCAGCUUUAUUAUUUAUUACGGAUGACCAAACAGAAGUAUUGCGUGACUCAUGGAAGCAAACAUGUCGACUUGAGCUUGCUUACUCCUCCGUCCAAAAGUAUUUUCGUUAAAGACGCUUCAAACGGCCCAUGAAGGCGCAAGAAUACCACAAAUACGUCGAUUGACAUUCCUUUUGACUUAAGUGAGAUAUUAAGAACGAGACGUUAUUCAGAUAGGCAAUUUUCCGAGCUUUAUUCAUAACCCUCGCAGAUUUUUUCGUCUCACUUCAAUAAUUAUUAACCACGAACAGGAGGCAUGGUCUGCCUAUGGUCAAAGGGCCGCUGAACGUGUCAAAAAGAGUGUCACAAGAGAGUGUAAAAGGAGUGUGUCAUUGUCGAGUUGGUACUGGUUGAGUUUGCUGUCGAGCUCGAGGGCUGCACCGGGCUACAACGUCUUUAAGUGUAAAGUGACGAUUAAAAGGCAGGAAGCAAGACUGGUUCACUAAUGUCUAACGAAAAGGAUUACGCUUCCCUGUUCCAGACUGUUAAUGAGCAUCCUGAACCAAUCCUUGCAGAGGUAAAGGGUAGCUUCCCCUCCUGGCUGAGCGGAACCUUACUUAGAAAUGGACCUGGUAAAUUCGAGUGCGGGGACACUUCGUUUAAUCAUCUGUUCGAUGCUCAAGCACUUCUCCACCGUUUCCACAUAAAAGAUGGUCAUGUGACCUACAGCAACAGGUUCAUACGAAGUGAAAGCUAUGCCGAUUCCCUAAAACGGGGGGACUCGAUUCAUAUGCAGUUUGGCACUUUUAUACCCCCAGACCCGUGCCAGAACAUCUUCUCCCGUUUUUUCUCACGGUUUUGGAAAGAGGAAAUCGGGAGGGACAACACACUUGUCAACGUGUUUCCCAUCAAAGGCAAGACUUACGCAGCGACCGAGACAAACUUUAUCUUUGAGAUCGACGCCCAAACACUGGAAACUUUGAAGAGAGUCGACUUCCUUACGGAGUUUCCAGGUGACGUAAAGAUCAAUUCUGCGACAGCCCAUCCUCACCUAACCCCUGACCAAUCAGUGAUCAACAUCUCUUCCACGUAUGGUCGAACGUGUACCUACAACAUCAUUCAAAUACCACCAUCCUCAGGAAAUCCAGACGAGCGUCCUUUGGAAGGAGGUAAGGUCCUAUGUUCCAUUCCGGCUACAAAUGGGCUUGGCUACAUGCACAGCUUCUGCAUCACAGACAACUAUUUUGUUAUUACCGAACAGCCACUCGUGCUAGAUUUAUGGCGGGCUAUAACCCACAGGUUUUCUGGAUCUUGUCCUGCUGAGUUCCUUUGCUGGGAUCCAGACCGACUCACCAGGUUUCACGUGGUGGACAGAGAACGUGGAACACGUGUUGGCGUCUUCACAGCGGAUCCGUUUUUGGUGUUUCACCACAUCAACGCGUUCGAAAAAGAUGGCAAGGUCUAUUUAGACGGGUGUUGCUUCCAUGACGACUCAAUUAUUCGCCAAGUGUACCUUAAGAACCUGCGUUCCACUAGUCAGCCAGAACAAGGAAAGUUCGACGUCGCUGAGGUUCGCCGGUACGAACUACCACUGGAAGAACUUGGAAACGUUGAGGUGGAGAAACCUCUUCGGAAAGGAGCUGAUGGGCUGGACUACACUUUGCUAUGUGUUGGAUUGGAACUGCCGCAGUUCAACUACGCAGAGAAAAACGGCAAGCCAUACAAGAUUGUCUACGGCACGGUAUCUACAAAAGAUCUCCCAUUUGGUCAACUGGGGAAACUGAACGUUGAGACGAAGGAAAUCCUUACAUGGGAGGAGCCUGGAGCCUAUCCUUCAGAGCCUGUGUUUGUAAAAGCGCCUGAUGGGAAGGACGAAGAUGAAGGUGUGGUGCUGUCAUGCGUCAUAAACGUCCCUGACCAGACCACCUCUCUGCUGGUGUUGGACGCGAAAAAUUUCGAAGAGCUGGGUCGAGCUGUGGCCAAAGGGGUAUCAUCUCCAAUGUCAUUUCAUGGGAUUUUUCAGCGACAACAAGGACUAUAAAUGCUGAACUGAAUUUUUUUUCUUCCAAGAUAAUACUCUUUGGUCCUUGAUAAGAAAAAAUAGGCAGGAAGAUAGUUGAGAAAAACAGAGAUGUGCAAAAUAGGUUUCCUUUUCUGUUUCAGGCUAUUUCCGCAGAUUUAUUUCAUGAUUUUCUAGGGGGCGAAUUUAUACAACUCAAUCACUGAUAGUUCCAACCUUAAGCCCAGGAUAGAUCUCUUAAUGAAAAUUUAGAUCUCUGACCUAAAUUUUCGGAAAACGGGUAUUGAAAGUCAGACGUGCGAUUUCGUAAUUCAGAUCAAUCUCCAAGGGUUACUAUUUGUUGUCGUAUUACAACAUGCAAAGAGCCUUUACAAGAAAAAAGACGACAAAAACGUAACAACAGUGAGAUCACUGAUCAUCAGUUUUCUUAAUUUUUAAGGUGGGUGGACGGGGACGGACCCACCGAUAAUUAAUGCUAAUCGUGGCGGGCCGGGUUACUUUUGUUUAAAGUUAUUUGAUUUAUUUAAUCAAAAAUAAAACCAGCCUGGUUAAAUCUC